CGCCGCCGUCUGGUUCGCAACAAGUAGGCUACAUUCCUUGGUCUGCAAAUGUUGCGCGGAAUGACAGCGUCUCUGCGCGUAAUGAUACAGUCCGUGGUGUCUCAGGCUAUAGUGGAUGAUGGCCAAACUGUUCCGAGCUGUGAUCAUGGGUCCACCAGGUUCUGGGAAGGGGACCAUAUCUGAAAGAAUUGCGCAGAGCUUUGGCCUCAAACAUCUGUCCAGUGGCGACUUUCUUCGGGAGAAUAUAGCUGCAAAUACAGAGGCCGGUGUUCUAGCUAAGACCUACAUAGAGAGGGGUCUGAUGGUGCCGGACCAUGUGAUGACACCCUUACUGCCCAGGCUGGAGGAGAUGACCCGCCACAGCUGGCUGAUGGAUGGGUUUCCCUGUACCCUAGCCCAGGCCAAGGCUCUGAACAGUACCUGUGAUCUGGAUCUGGUCAUCAGCCUCAACAUCCCUUAUGAGACCCUGAAGGACCGACUGAGUGACCGCUGGAUCCACCCAGCCAGCGGCAGGGUCUACAACAUGGGCUUCAACCCUCCACACGUACAGGGCAGGGAUGACCUCAGCGGAGAGCCUCUGAUCCAGCAUGAUAAUGACCAACCAGAGGCUCUAGUGGCCAGACUGAGGCACUACAAGGACGUGGCCAAGCCAGUCAUAGACCUGUACAAGUCAAAGGGCAUCCUGCACAUGUUCUCUGGCACAGAGACCGACAGGAUCUGGCCUUACAUCAACUCUCUUCUCAGCACUAAGAUCCCUAGCAGACCUGAGACAGACACACAGCACAUCCCACUGCCCUGAGCAGAGCAGAGGUGACACAGUAGAAGUGCAGGCCGUGCACAGGAGCUGUUAGGAGCCCCUUUAGCUUGGCAGUUGCUACCAAAACAUGUCUGCAAAUACAAUCUUAUGCACUACAUACAGUUGAAGUCGGAAGUUUACAUACACUUAGGUUGGA